CAACACUACUAUAUAACAAAUAAUUUGAGAUUUGAUGGAAUGAAAUGAUGGAGAGGAACUACACAGUACACGGUUAGGUAAACAUGACCACAGCCCGCUUACCAUACUCUUACAACAAAGGAUCAUCACAGCAGGGCUCAGUGUACAUCUUCAAUAAAGAUGAAGAUGGUUCCUCUUCAGAAAAUGAGGACAUUCCAUUAAAAUCUGUCCGUUCUAGGACAAAGCAGUUGAAAGAAGACAAGGACGUGACAGACACCAUAUCACACGUGGUACAGCCUAGCGACACCCUAUCCUCAUUAUCCAUCAAAUACAACUGCAAGGUGUCGGAGCUAAAGCGGGUAAAUCAUAUAUGGAAUGCUAAUGAGUUAUCAGCACGGGACAGCGUCUUGAUACCAAUCGUAAAACACAGCCUACUAUUAGACCGGGACAACAAUAAUGACGAUAUCGUAAAGGACACUCCCCAGCCAGUAGAUAUUAGAACUAUUAGUAUCAAGAGUUUAUCCGAUUCCGUUGACACUGAAAUGUUUCUGGACCGAAUGAACAAGGACAUAGAGACCUUGCUCGCUGCAACGCGGGAUAAAACUAAGAAAUCAUCUCUGACUGAGGUGAAAAGUGCGCUGACUGUUGAACGAAUAUUUCCUAAGCAAGUAACAAGUAGUCGCACCGGAUCGUCUUACUGCAAUUAUAUUGGAAUUUUCUUGGGGUUCUGUUUUUUGUUUGUAGGUAUUCCAGUAACGCUAGUUUAUUGGGAAGUUGUUGUUCAGCGGAUUAAGAAUGUUGGUAGAUAGAUUGCUGAUACUUUUUAAUUUUAACGGGUAUGUAAUUCAUUUGAUGUUAAUUUCCCCAAUUUUAAAUAAAGAUUCCCUUUAUUUAGUGUUCCCUGUGUGCUUUGGUAUGGCAGGUAUUUCAGGGGCAGUGUGUUAAAGAUUCCUUACAUUCCCCUACAUCAUUUUGAUUUGAUAUGUAAAUAAAACAUGAGGUAAAUUUUAUCAUUAAAUAAAUGUGAAUAUAAUAUAAGAUUUAUGAUGUCAUCCUUGACCCAAUGUUA